AUGCGCCCCCCUCCUGAUGGACCCCCCUCUCCAGCCCCCCACGCUCCUGACAGUGCCCACCCGGAGCCCUGGCCCCGCCCCCCACCCCGAUGUUGCACUGACCACGCCCCCACUGACCACGCCCCCGACGCUGCUCACGUCCUUGCCUAGGCCACGCCCCCUGCGCAGCACCUUGACAGCGCCUCUGUCCCAGGUGGUACUGGGCAGUACAGCCCGGUACAGCGCUGUAUGGCCCACUAGCACUCCGGACCCUCCAGUAUAACUCAGCACAACCCACCACAGCUCAGGAUAGACCAAUCUAGUCCGGUACAGCCCAGUAUAUGAGCGUAUAACCCAGUACAGCCCAGUAUUUCCCCCGAAGGAACCAAAACCAGGUGGUUCAGUCUGAGGAAGGGGAAGAGGAACAGAGAGCAGCACCUGGCAGCAGGGGGAUGGCACGGGGCGGGGGGGAAGAGGCUUGGCUGUCCCAGGGAUCCCCCCACACUCCGGGAGUCUGCACCAGGGGGGUGACCCAGCUGUGUGGCCUCGUACCCCUGCCAGCACCCUGGGGACCCUUAAAUCCGUCCAGGCAGCUCCCCCCCCCUCCCUCCACGUCACAGGGAGGUGGGUGGGGCAGUGAUGACAAAAAGCGAUACCCCAAACUUCCCGUUUCUAACCCCAAAAUCACCCAAAGCAGAGGCAGUGGCACGGAUCUCCUCAGGGUGAGUCAGGAUGUGCACCUCACUGCUGGUGACGCUGGUGACACUAGUGAUGUUGCCUGCAGGGGUCUCUCCCUAUGGCUUCCACAACUGCAUCCAGGCACCAUGGGACCCUGGGCUGUUCCGCUGCAUCCAGCGCUUCCUGAACACCGUGGGGGCUGCAGUGGAUGACCUCCCCUCCACUGCCACAUCCCUCAACCUUUCUGUCAAUAUCUUGCGCCAAGUGCCCCCUGGUGCCUUUGCCCACCUGCCACGGCUCUACACCCUUGAUCUGACCCACAACCAGCUGGAACUCCUGGCCCCAGGGGCUUUCUCGGGGCUGUCAGCACUGGCUCACCUAGACCUGGCCCACAACAACAUGUCAGUGCUGGCCACAGGUGUGUUCACCGGGCUGGGCAACCUGAGCACACUGCGGCUGGACCACAAUCCACUACAGAAGGUGGCCCCCAGGGCUUUCCAGCCGCUGGCUGCACUCAGCACACUCUGGCUCCGGGGUGGCCGGCUCAGCGCACUGGAGCCUGUGGCCAUGGCUGUGGGGAAUCUGACACACCUAGACCUGCUUGACCUGUGUGGCAACAUGCUGUCAACACUGGGCCCGGGGCUGCCACCCACGCUGAGAUUCCUCUACCUCUGCAACAACUCCCUGGGAGCUCUUUCAGGGGCCACCACUGGGGUGAUGCCUGCAGGGCUGCGUGUGCUCGACCUGUCCUACAACAACAUUUCGGACCCUGCACUGCUCUCUCACCUGUGCCUGAACAACCUGACAUACCUGCACCUGGCUGGGAAUCCCCUGGACGUGGUGCAACUGCUGCGUGUGGCUGAAAUCUCCCCGCGCCAGGUGGAUGUGUCAGGGCUACAGGUUAACACAAGUGGCCUGGAAUACCUGUGCCAGCAGCUGACAGGACAGAGGCUGCAGAGGCUGCAGCUGCAGCGCAUGAACCUUACAUCAAUGCCUGAUGGGGCUCUGGCCAAGUGUCCUGUGCUGGGUGCCCUGGAUGUGUCUGGCAACCGACUGCGGCAUUUGGGCUGUGUAGGGCGGCUGCUGAACCAGGAGCAGCAUGCAUCACUGCACGAGCUGGUAGCUGAGCACAACUUGCUACGGCGACUGCCAUCGUGCAACAGGACCCCGGUUCUGCAGCAGCUGCACAAUGUGUCCCUGCGCUUCAACCGCAUCCUGGUGGCCGGUGCGGGUGCUUUUGACAAUGCACCAGCGCUGCAGCAGCUGCGAUUGGAUGUGAAUGGGCUGGCAUGGCUGGACCGUGCAGCGCUACGUGGACUCCGCCACCUGCGGCACCUGCGCCUUGACAACAACCUGCUCACUGACCUCCUGCCUGGCUCCUUUGCUGACCUGCACCAGCUGGAAGACCUCAACCUGCGCAACAACCGUGUGGCCGUGCUCUUCCCUGGUGCCUUCAAGGGGCUUGACCGCCUGCAGACUCUUGACCUAGGUGGGAACAACCUGCAGCACUUAGCAGCCAAGGCAUUCCAGGGCCUCCCGCGGCUUUGCCGGCUUUACCUGGACCGCAACCGGCUGCUGGAGGUGAGGGUGGCCACAUUCCAGCCGGUACAGGUGACACUGGGAGUGCUGGACCUGCGUGCCAAUGCGCUGCGCUACGUGAGCCGACACCUGCGGCAGCUGCCACCUUUCCGCUACCUGCAUAACCUCUAUGACCUGAAGCUGCAGGCGCAGCAGCCAUAUGGGAUGCGUGUGGUCCCACAACACUUCUUCCAGGGCCUCAGUGCCUUGCGCUCGCUCUAUCUGUCACAGAACUCGCUCUCAGCCAUCCCUGCUGAUGCCUUUGAUGACCUGGCACAGCUGCAGUACCUGACGCUGGCUGACAGCAAUGGUGGGAUGGGCCACCUGCCUGCUGGCAUCUUCAAGAACCUGAGCCAACUGCGCAGCCUGAACCUGGAGAGCGCAGGACUGCGCAGCCUUGGCCCUGAGGUCUUUGGCAAUCUGACGCGACUAAAGGAGCUGCGCCUGGCCAAGAACGAGCUGCGUACAUUGGAUGUGACUCUGGCCACCCGCCUCCCCGCCCUGCACUAUCUGGAUCUGCGCAAGUGCCCACUGAGUUGCAGCUGUGCCAAUGCCUGGUUGCCUGCCUGGCUGGCACGUGGACCCGUGCAGGUGGUCUAUCUGUAUAACUACACAUGUGGUGAGAUGGGUGGGGCCUCCGCAUACCUGCACUGCUUUGACAUGCAUGUGUGCUACCUGGACAUGGGGCUGUACCUGUUUGCAGGGACAGCACCGGCUGUGCUGCUGCUGCUGGUGCUGCCACUGCUGCACCACCGUGGGUACUGGCAGUUGCGCUACCAGCUGUUCCUGCUGCAUGCCUGGGCACGUGGGCACUGGCGGCGGGAGCAGCGGCGCUACACUUAUGACACCUUUGUGUCCUACAACUCCGGGGAUGAGCGAUGGGUGCUGGAGGAAUUGGUGCCUGAGCUGGAGCGCGGAGCCCUGCGGCUUUGCCUGCACCACCGUGACUUUUGCCCCGGCCGUGCCAUAGUGGACAACAUUGUGGAUGCUGUGUACAACAGCCGGCACACGGUGUGUGUGGUGAGCCGUGGGUACCUGCGCAGUGAGUGGUGCUCACUGGAGAUCCAGAUGGCCAGCUAUCGCCUCUUUGAUGAGCUGCGCGAUGUCCUUGUCCUCAUCUUCCUUGAGGACAUCCCUGAGGCUGAGCUCUCGGCCUUCCACCGCAUGCGCCGUGUGCUGCUGCGGCGCACAUACCUGCGCUGGCCCUCUGAGCCCCCUGCACGCCCCCUCUUCUGGGCAAAGCUCAGGUGUGCCCUGAGUGAUGGGGAGGAGGAGGAAGAGAGGGAGAGGGGGGACAGGGAGGAAGGUUGCCCUGGCACAUCUGGGACCCCCGGGGAAGUUCUCCCUCAGGAAAGAAACCUUCUGCCCCAGAAUCACUGCUUUUUAUCUGGGGAAGGUGUCCUGUGGAGUGGGGCUGAUGGCAGCAAAGAGGAAGAGGAGAAUGAGGAAAGGAAGAUGGGGGACAGGAAGGGAGGCUGCCCUGACAGGACUAGGACCACUGUGGAGGUUCCCCCUCAGAAAAGCAGUUUUCUGCCCCAAAAUCACCGGCUUUUCUCUUGGGAAUAUGCUCUGCACAGUGGGGAUGAAGGUAACAAGGAGGAGGAGGAAGAGGAGGAGAAGGCGGGGGAGGAGGAGAAAGGUUGCGGGGAGAGAGAGCAGCUGCUCUAGAGUGAUCUUACCCUGGUGUAAUGGGGAUCCCCAGGGACAUUCCCAAUCAAAAAAUGUGGUUUUGUCCCAAAAUCCCUGGUUAUCCUCUGAAAAAUGUGCAGUUGGGAUGACAGUAAUGAGGAAAAGAGGAAGGAGGAGGAGGAAAAGAGGGAAGCAAGAUGGAUCUUGCAUCAUUCAGUUCCUUUUUGUGGCACGUGGGAGCUGCAGCUCUGGCACAUCUGGGUCAUCCUGGGCACAUGUUGCCACAGCUCAAUCGGCUGCUUCUGCCCCUAGUGGCACCCCCAAGGCUGGGAAAUUCCGGUGGCCUACGGGAGGCACCCACCAAUCCAUCCCACCACACACUGUCCUGACCCCCAACUCAGCAGCUCCCGAGCCCUGGGCAGGUCCCUGCGUCACUCCCACCUGAUCCUCACCAGCAGCAGGAUGUACCUGGCUUGGCUGGUGAACCAGAGCAUGCUGCAGGUGUCUGGGCUGCUGGCGCUGCGGGCUCAUGGCUGCGAUCACUGGGUUGUGCCGCCCAGGGAAGCCCUUCCACAAGCACAUCAGCUGCUGUUCUAGAGUAGGAUGUGGCUGUACCUGCUCUGUCCCGACAGAACCAAGCUCCGCCCAGCUCUCGGCCCUGGGGUGCUUGGGGAGGUCCCUCCUGGUCCCAACCCCAACAGCCAGAGCCCAGCAGUGCCAGGCCAGGAACAGCCUUCCCUUACCUCUGGCCAGUAGCUGCAUGAUGCUGCCAAGGGCCAGCAGAGAGUGAUUGAUGCCAGUCCCUCCCACAACCCCUCUCCCCAGUCCUUGGUGACCCAGGCUCUCUCCAAGCCCACCGGCUCAGUCAGGCUCACCUUGGCCACACGCAGAUUCCCAGCAAAGCCAAGAGUGGGGUUGGUCCCACUGCUUCAUCUGGAUCUGCGAGGACAGAGAUGGCUGAAGCCAUGGCUCCACACGCCCCUGGGGAGGUUGGCUGGAGCAAGUAGCAGCAGAGGGACCAGGGCUCUGUGUUUCUGUUGUGGUUUGAGAGGAAAUGAAGUUUUUUGUGAUGGUGUGGGCAAGCCAAUCGGUGUUCAGAUUUAAUAUUGGCACCUGGUUUGUCCACUGAGGGUAUGGAUACACCUCUGAGAACACAGGGGGUUAAAAGCUGUGAUCUCCCAGGGGAACUUCCUCUCUUUGAGUUCGGCUUGGGACUGAGCAGACCCCCCUGCCUGGCUCCUUUGGCUGGGCGGGGGGGGAGGGGAGCCAUGUGGCCGGAGAGAGGUAGGCCAGGCCUGGGCCGAAGGGUGUAGGAGAACAUUGCGAGGGCUUCGGGCAGCCAUCCCCCAUUCCCCCCGCCGGAGAGAGGGAGAGAGACCCAGAGCCUAUGCCUGUGAUAGUGGCCCGGUGUGAAGGACAAGGGGGGGGCGGUGCCCAGCAGGGCAGCCAAGCGUGGGAGUUGAUGAAAUAAACCGGCAGAGAGCCUGGGACUUUUAAACCCUCUGAGGAAGAUGAGAACCUUGCUAAUGCUGAGUCUUCCUGAAGUUGAUGAGAUUGAGAUGAUGUUGAGAUUGAGAAGAUGUUGAGAAGAAUUUUAGGUGGGAGGAGAUGAUGGAGUGGCUUUGGGCUGGACUUUUCUUGUAUAGCCACAGCAGAACCACUGGUGUUUCUGUGACACAGAGACUGCGUUCUAGGGGGAGGUGAUGGCUCAGAGCCAAGAGAGUGCAGUGAUGUGGAGAUGUGUGAACAGAGACGAUGGGUGAGGGGGGUGGUGGUGGUGCCCUCCGCCUCAAAGAAGAGAGAAGAAGAAGAUGAUCUCUGUUCAAGAGACCCCUUGGCCCCAGGGGGUGAAAUUUGGGGGGGACAAGUGUCCCAAAAGGAGAAGGACUGUGCUCUCUUUGGAACUGGACAAAGUAUCCUUAAAGUGAAAACCCUAGAAGCAGCUCUGAUCCAUGUGCAGUGGUGAGAGCACUGGACAUGGAAAGAAUGUGGUGCAAGAGGGACUCCUCUCUUCUCGAGGAACUGAGAAUUGGUUAUCUAAAGGGUGGUGAUAGAGUUGGAAAUUUGGUGGGGGGAGGAGGAAGAAUUUGGAAGGUUUUCAUCUUGUGUUUUAUGUGUCCUAUGUGUCCUAUGUGUUCUUUCUUGUAGUUAAGUUAAUAAAGUUCUUUUUUUCCUUUUCAGCCUCAA